AUGGCUGGAGAGCUAUGCGUCCGGGUACACACGCUACUGACCAAGGAAAGCCUGCGGGUCAAGUCGGCCCAAGCCACCCUGGCGGCGCUGCGGAGGGACAUGGCCGGGCGAUGCGAGAGUCUGGCUCGGCUGACGGCGACAGACAGGGUGCUGCGCAAGCGGGUGGAGGCGCUGGUGAACAACAAGAUCCACAUCACAGACGUGGUGGGCAGUGCGGCUUCCGUCGAGCUGGUCACCUCGCUGGCCGUCUUUGGCUCCAAGCAGGUCGACGUCACCGAGUUUGUCUCGCUCUUGCGGACGGCGCCCGAGUACAUCGAGGACGCGCUGCUCUCGCGCGAGCUGUCGAUGGCCGAGCUGGACGCGCUGACCGAUGCGGUGGUCCUUGGCCUCUUCCACAACCACCACGGACCGGUCGAAGAGUAUGCUCUCGUCCGGCUGACCGGGGCCAUUCUAAAGCGGACGCUCGCCAUGUCCGCAUCGCUCGCCGACUUUCUCCACCCGCGCUCCAUCGGCGUCCGCAUGCUUGUCCUCUACUGCAAAUCGUACUCGUUUGAGUUCCAGUCGUUUCUUGUUGCUGUUCUCCGUGAGCCAUUGGUCUCGCUCCUCGCUGAUCCGGAGCUCGAUCUCGAGCUGGUGCCCGCCCUGCUGCUGGCCCGCAUGCCUGAAUCCGAGAAGCAGUGCCAGUACCUGGCCAAUGUCAAAGCCGACGCCACCCUUCCGUCGCACCCUAACAUGAUCAAGGUCCUUACCGGCCGCUUCGACCGCAUGGUCGACGCCGUCAGCUCGGUUCUCAAUGCCAUCCGCAACCACAUUGUGCUGCUGCCGACCGGGUUCCGCGCCGUCCUCUCGUCGGUUGCAGCGUCGGCGGUCGAGGCGCUCGAGCUGGAUAACCCCGAGGCAGCCCAGACCAAGCUGGUGACCGAGAUUCUGUUCCGUCGGCUCAUUGUCCCUGCCAUCAUCACGCCCGAGCCGUAUGGAGUGCUCGCCGACACGGUCGUUCCGCAGCUUGCCCGCCGCAACCUCACUCUUCUCGCCAAAGCCGUGCAGGGUGCCAUCUCCGGCGAACCGAAGCGGCUCUUCCGCGAGUCGUACCUUGCGCCGCUUGUUGACCGGCUCGCCGCCAUCAACGCCGACGACAUUGUCACCGCUGUCAUGUCGCCGCUCCCGCUUGCCACUCUCACUCUCGCCAUCCCGGCCGUCCAGCCUGGCCUUGGGCGCACCGCGUGGGCUACACUCUCCAUGCCCCAGAUCCUGGCGCUGGUGGCAUGCAUGGCCAAGACCGCGCCCAUUCUCGACGCACGGACCGGCAACCGCGACUCGAAGAUGUCAGUCUUUCUCGCUCGCCUCAAGAAGCUCGACGCAGAGAAGCUUGCGGCUGCCGCGCCGUCCAACGCCGUGUACCUGCUCCCGCUCAACGACGCUGCCACUGCUGCUGUCUGGGCGCCCGGGGACGAGAGGCCCGACCGGCCGUGGGCAGUUGCCAUUCAGCCCGAGGACGCUGUAGUGGCAGCAAGCGCGCCGGCUGUCGCCGCCGCUACCGCCGCCGACCCGCCCGCGCUCGCCAUCGCCAAAACCACGCUCCGCUCGGUCUUUACCGAGCUGCCACUCCGGGCGCACGACAUGCUCCUCGACUCGGUGCCAGCUGUGCUUGAGGCGGCGGCGCAUCGACUCGCGCACCGCUCACCGCGCAUGGUUGUUCUCCUCGACAAGGCGCAAGCGUCGCUUGCUGCCCUGCCCGAGUCUUAUGCCGCCGCUGGCUACGUCCCGGUCCUCGUCUCGCUCAUUGCCGACCUGGAGGCGCGGCGGACGUACUCGAGCUACCUGGAGGGAGUUCACGAGGAGCUGGUCCUCGCGUACGCAGCGCUCGAGGCGGACAUCGACCGGGUCCACGACGCCAUCAAGCUCUCGCUCAACUACCAGCAGCUGGCAGCAGUGCAGCAUGUGCUUGACGCGCACGCGGCCGAGGUGGAGACGUUCAAGGCCAAGUUUUCGUCGCUCAUCCGCAACGACGAGCGUUCCGACGCGGUGGUCAAGCUCAUGGACCUGCUUGAGGCUCGGCUGGCCGAGUCGGGCGUCGCCGCAGGGUCGGCAGCCAGCGCUGAUGGCGCAAGCUCGAGCUCGGCCGGCACAUCGGCCGACGACGCCGGCCCGGUGUCGUUGCUCUCGCCGCGCAGCGACGUGUGGGGCAGAGUCCUCACCGAGUCCAAGCUCCCGACACAGCUGUUCGAGGAGCUCGACGCGCGAACAACGCUCGAAAUGGCGGUCAUGUCGCAGAUCUACUCGGUGGUCUUCUACCCACGGCCACACGGGUGGGCCAAGGGCAACAAGACGGUCGACGUCUCGAUGGCGUGGCUCAAGCGCCUGAGUAACAUCGAGCCGAGUGACGAAGCGCUCCAGAUCGCGCCCGAGUUUCUCGAUCAGGCCCCGUGGAGCGCGGCGCAAGAAGCCAUAGGCACGCUCAAUCUCCACAAGUCGCCACGCUCCAAGCUUGCCGUCAUCCGCAACACAGCAGUGCUUUUGAUGGAGCUGCUGGCGUCGUCCGGAUCACUCAAUCGCGAGUUUAUCGAGACGUACUACCGGCCGCGGGCUGCCGAGUCGACGCAGGACACGUAUUGGUUUACCCAAUUUGCGUCGGCGCUCGCGCUCAUCAAAUCGCUUGCCGAGCAGCGCUGA